CAACGUGGAUUGAUUGCUGAAUUGAAGACGGCCAUGGUCUCAUUUAAUGACAUAUAUAAACUUGAGCCUCAAGUUUGGUUAAAUGAUGAAAUUAUCAACUUUUAUAUGGAAAUGCUUUCUGAUCGAUCCAAGGCAAAUCCAAAAGAAUACUUAGAUAUACAUUGCUUCAACACCUUUUUCUUUUCUACUCUAAGUGAGUCAGGAUAUCAAAAGGUACGACGGUGGACAAAACGAAUUGACAUCUUCUCGAAAGACUUGGUUUUUGCUCCUAUAAAUCAGUCACUUCAUUGGACAUUGGGUGUUAUUGAUAUUAAAAACAAAAAAGUUUAUGUCUAUGAUUCUCUUGGAGGAGCUCAUCAAAGAGGCCUAAAGCUUCUAUUGGACUAUGUUGAACAAGAGCACUUGGAUAAAAAGAAAGAUACGUUAGAUAUGAGUGAAUGGACAUCGAGCGCACCAAAGGAUAUACCACACCAAGAGAACAUGUCAGAUUGCGGUGUAUUUACAUGUACUUUUGCGGAGCGGCUAUCACGAAACCACGAAAUGGAUUUUUCGCAAAAAGAUAUGAACCUUAUUCGAAGAAGAAUGGUGCUAGACAUAUCUAGAAAACAUAUUAGUUGA